AUGCCUGAGAAAAAGAAGUUCAACAACUAUAAUACUAGUGUUUCUCAUGAAAAAAUCGUAAAGUGUUCCAUUUGUUCCGCAGCGCAUCCUCUUAGACUUUGCCCGUCAUUUCUCGGUAUGUCUGUAGAUGAACGUUAUGCUAUUAUUCAAAAACAGAAACGUUGUGUAAAUUGUCUUGGAACCUCGCAUGAAUAUAAAAAAUGUAGGAGUCAGUAUGUUUGUCAACUAUGCAAACGAAAGCAUCAUUCGUUACUUCAUCGGACAGCUAAAUCUAACCCCCAAGUAAUCCCCCAAACUGCAGCUUUGCCCUCUGAUACAAACACUAGCAAUCCUACUGUCACAAGCCCCCAAGUAAUCCCACAGACAAUGGUUUUACGAUCGAAUAGGACCGUUAGUAGUUCUCCUGUUACUAAUCCUCCCCAAACCUCGAAUUUAAAUAACGGCCCUUGCACGUCUGCUGAAGCUGCAGCCCAAAUGCGACAGUCAUUUUCUACUCAAACACAGUCCACCUCGAACUCCACGGUUUUACUUGGUACAGCUCUGGUAGAUGUUUAUGCAAAUGAUUUUAAGUAUACUGUUCGAGCUCUCAUCGAUUCCGCUUCUGAGGCAACUUUUAUUUCCAAGAAACUUCAGAAGAAAUUAUCCCUAAACACACGCUCAUCUCAGACUGAAGUUCACGGCUUAAAUGAUUCUUUGACGGCAACUUCCACUCAUAUAUGUUAUGUCCGUAUCGGUUCACCUAUCGACAGCUCUUUCGAAAUACAUACAGAUGCUCUAGUCGUUAAGAAGCUUACUGGUCAACUCCCUCACUACCCAUUGUCUGACUUUAACAAUGGUGAAUUUGCUGAUUUACAAUUGGCUGAUAGAUAUAUACAUAUGUAUUCUGAGAUUGACCUCCUACUUGGAGGCGAUGUUUACCCUAAGAUUAUUAGAAGUGGUUUACGAUGGAAUCACAAUCAGGAUUUAGUCGCGCAACAGACUGUCUUCGGAUGGAUAGUCACAGGAAGAACCGCUACUCACAAUAGUUUAACGUCAAUUUCAGCUUUUUAUAAUGAGCUCGUCUUGAAUAAUCAGCUUAAAAGAUUUUGGGAACUUGAGGAAGUUCCAAACAAACCCCGGCCAUCUGAAGAAGAUAUUCACUGUGAGAACGUGUAUCAGUCUACUACCUAUCGAACGGAAAACGGUCGUUUUGUAGUUUCACUUCCAUUUCGUCGUGAGUACCCUGGUAGUCUUAAUAUAAGCUCCUUUCGGCAUAUUGCUGUAUCCCAAUUUGUUAGAAAUGAGUCCCGAUUGAUGAAAAACCCCCUUUUAAAAUCCGAAUAUGAUCGUGUAAUUACUGAAUAUCUGUUUCUGAAGCAAAUGAGAAAAGUUGCACCAUCUGAUUCCAAUAGCACAUAUUACUUUCCACACCAUGCAGUUCUUAAACCUGACAGUACUACUACGAAAUUACGUGUAGUAUUCAAUGCUUCUACUCCCUCUUCAAACGGUUAUAGCCUCAACGAUCACCUUUACCCUGGGCCCGUUUUACAAUCUGAUUUGACCAUUCUAAUGCUAAGGUGGAGAAUGUUCAGAUACGUAUUUAAUGCCGACAUCGAAAAGAUGUAUCGGCAAAUUCACGUAAAUCCAGCUCACAUUCCAUUUCAGAGAAUUAUUUUUCGAAAUUCUCCUGAGGAAGAUCUGCAAGACUUUGAGCUAAAUACGGUAACGUUUGGCGUAAAUUGUGCCCCUUAUUUGGCAAUACGUACCCUCUUAGAAUUGUCUAAAACAUGUGAGCAGACUAAUCCUAUUGUCUCCGAUAUCCUUCGCAAUCACAUGUAUGUCGAUGACGUAUUAGCCGGCGCCCAUACUAUAUCAUCUGCUAUGAAUGCGAGAGAUGAACUCAUUCAAGUGCUUGAAUCUGCUGGUUUCUCUCUUCGCAAAUGGACAGCAAAUAACGACUAUUUGCUCACAGACCUUUCUCCCAAUCACCUCUUGGAUGCAGAGUUCCUGAAUCUGUCAGACUCUUGCACCACAAAAACGCUAGGCUUACGGUGGAAUGCAGGACGAGAUAAUUUUUACUUUCAAAUUAAAACCUCUCCCGAUCGUAAUUCUAUAACUAAAAGGUCAGUCUUGUCUGAAAUUGCAAAGAUAUUUGACCCCGCCGGUUGGCUCUCCCCUAAAGUCAUAGUCGCAAAGAUCAUCAUGCAACAGAUAUGA